UUAUGUCUGAGGGCGGAGAGUAAAUUCAGGCUCUUGCUCAUUUACUGCAAGAAAUCUCUGUCACCAGACCUCCACAUUUUCUCAAGGGUAAUCAUAAGGAUGAAGGUUGAUAUUCACAAUCAUAUUUUACCAAAGGAGUGGCCCAAUUUGAAGCAGAGAUAUGGAUAUGAUGGGUUUGUGCAGCUUCACCAUCACUGCAAGGGUGAAGCAGAAAUGAUGAAGGAUGGGAAGCUCUUCCGAGUGAUUCAGGAAAACUGCUGGGAUGCAAAUGCACGCAUAAGAGACAUGGACCAACAUGGUGUCACAGUUCAAGCUCUUUCUACUGUUCCUGUGAUGUUCAGUUACUGGGCCAAACCUCAUGACACUCUGGAUCUCUGUGUGCUUUUAAAUGACAAUCUGGCCCAGACAGUGCGUAGCCACCCCAAGAGGUUUGUGGGCUUGGGCACUCUGCCCAUGCAAGCCCCUGACUUGGCUGUACUGGAGAUGAAGCGCUGUGUGAAGGAGCUGGGCUUCCCUGGAGUGCAGAUUGGCUCACAUAUCAACAACUGGGACCUUAAUGCCUCUGAACUCCAUCCUUUCUAUGCUGCAGCUGAGGAGUUGGGCUGCUCCAUAUUUAUUCACCCAUGGGACAUGCAAACAGAUGGGAGGAUGGCUAAGUAUUGGCUGCCCUGGCUGGUGGGCAUGCCAUCAGAGACAACCAUGGCUAUUUGCUCGAUGAUAUUUGGGGGCAUCUUUGAGAGAUUUCCUAAACUGAAAGUCUGCUUUGCACAUGGAGGUGGCUCUUUUCCAUUCACGGUUGGUAGAAUUGAACACGGCCACCAAGUCCGCCCUGACCUGUGUGCAGUGGACAAUAACAUAAGUCCACGGAAAUACCUUGGUUCUUUCUACACUGACUCCCUAGUCCAUGAUCCCAUUGCCCUGAAGCUGCUCCUUGAUGUUAUUGGAAAAGACAAAGUGAUGCUGGGAACAGAUUACCCAUUUCCGCUGGGUGAGCUGCAACCGGGAUCACUGAUUGAGUCAAUGGAUGAAUUUGAUGACACAUUAAAGGAUAAAUUGCUUGCUGGAAAUGCACUGGAAUUUUUGGGCUUGAAGCGAGAGCAAUUUGAGUGAGAGAGAAAAAUCUGCUCCACCCAGUGAUCCAGUGAAGUGUCUUCAUACUAAUAUCCGUAUAUGAUUUUAAAGAAUGAUUUUGGACAGCUCGUAUAGUAGAUACGACCAAUUUUGUUACUGUCUGCUAUAAUAAAGUA